AUGAACGACAACGGCGUCGGCGUGGAGCUAUCCGCAACCACCACAAACCCGUCCGUGCAGUCUACACCAACUCCACCUGCAGCGAGUCCAUACCCUGGGGCGAGCAUACCAGCCCACGGCAGGUGGUUCAGGCUUCUUAUCCUAGCUGAGAGCGCACUCGUCGACAGCCCCUUGCAGGCUGAAUUGCGACUGGUUGAUUUGGACAACGCCGGGGAUUUCAUCGCGCUCUCGUAUGUGUGGGGCGUUGUCGACACAUCAAGUCCGAGACACAUCAUCAGUAAUGGCUUCCCCAUCGAGAUCACCGAGAAUUGCUAUCAGGCCUUGUGCCAUAUCCGCUGCAGAGUGCCCCGGGCAGUCAUCUGGGUGGACGCUGUUUGUAUCAACCAGGCAGAUGACAGCGAGCGUGGGCAUCAAGUUCGGUACAUGGGAGACAUCUACAGCCUGGCAAGCUGUGUCUAUGUCUGGCUGUCCCCUGCUGCCAAACGACGCGUGCCGUUGACAUAUCCAUGGGUGGUGGAAAGAAGAGCCAGGAGGUAUCGGAGAGUCCCACUGGCCAUGGCUCGGGCAACCUCACGUGAGACUUACCAGAAUGAACUGCGACGAUAUCGAGGUCUGUUCUGGGCAGAUGCCAGACAUGGCGAUCAAUCAGCUACUCUCGAGGCCAUCCUCGGUGCAUGGCAUCGGAGAGCACCGGAGGGUUGGUGGUUCACGCUGGACUCAUCCUUGAUAGAAGCAUGGCUGGCCUUCCCACGCUCUCACCUUGGCGCACGUGGUGCCGAACAGUCUCAAACCGCUACAUGCAAAUCGUACGCAGACGCGAUUGUCGCCGCAUACAAUGAUCUGGACAAAGAACCCCGGAUUACCCGACGGACCUUCUACCUGGCUCAUGCGGUACUUUUCGUGGUUCUCAUGAUAACUACUGCUUGCUUGGUAGCGUUUGUCCUUGCCCCACUUGGAUCUCCCACUCUGGCCUGGUCGGCUGUCUUAAGCUUCUCCGGCGUGGGGACUUUAUGUUUGUUGAACUUGAAGCUCACAUAUAUCAACAUCUUCAAACAGCGUCCAGAUUGGGUAGAGACGAAUCCAUCGGGACUGGGUUCGAAUUUGGGCACUCUUCUCGUGGUCCAGCACGCUCUCAGAACUCGAGUCUGUCUCAGACCACAUGACAAGUGUUUUGCACUGUUCGGAGUGCUGGAACGUUGUGGUGCCACCCUAGAACCUCCCGACUAUUCCAAAGAACCCUACGAAGUAUACAAGGCCUUUCUUGUCAAUCUUCUUGGUUGGGACACACGCGCCUUGCUUCUCAUCGAAGAUGCAGUGUCGAGUCUAGCUCAAAGAGGUCCUUCCUGGGUGCCAGACUGGUCAUCAGGCACCGAUGAUCGAUACGUUCAGAUAGCGACGACGACACCGCCGCCAAGAACAAUCGACCAAUCUGCCUCCAGCGCCCCUGGUAUCUCUGUCGAAGUUCUCGAGAACACUAUCCUGCGUGUCGAAGCACGCCGGGCAUACAAGAUCUUCUUUUGUACCACAACUGGAGCCUAUUCGAGCCAUCAGUCGGCCUCGAGCGUGCUCUGGGCGAUGGUGGAACGCAUCGCCCUGUGGCUCUACGGUUCCCAUAGGCGCUUUGAUGAUUGGAUCGGCAAGACAUUUGGUCCUCGCAUGUCGGUCUUCGCUGUGUACCGAGGUGGGAGCGCCUCCUCGUCAAAACCCGGGAUAACAUAUUACAUUAUGUUGAUCCGGAAAUUCUUGUGGCGUCGUAGGUUCGACCGGCAUAGGCCCUUGCCUGCAAAUUGGUUGUCCGAACUUCGGACAGAAAUAGAGAGUAGUUACCUAUGGCGACAGCCCUACUACUUGGGUGUCUGGAGUUUCACGACGUUUGUCAAGUUUGCCCGUGAGGACGAACACCACCUUUUUACAACCACAAACGGCACGCCCGGCUUUGCAACACGAGAAGUGAAAGAGGGCGAUCAAGUCUGGAGCAUGGGAGGGUUAAGGCAAACCAAAUCCUUUGACGAGUGUGGCGGCAAGAACCCUUUGGCGAGCUACAAGGUGUGA